UUUUUCUCAUUUCAGCUCAGACUCUGUUUUAUCGUUCCAUGAAUUUCAUGAGCAUGUUCAUCUUUUUACAUCAUCAACAUUAUCAUCAUUGACUCUCUUCUUCUUCUUCUUCUUCUCUAUUUGUAUCAUCAUCUCUUUACGAGAGGAAACAACAAAAUCUUUCAAGUGAAAAUUUUUCAUUUCUAUUUUGGAGUAAAAAAAUAUUCUCUCAGUUUUUUUUUCGUCACAAUUAACUUUUCACAAUUGAAUUUCUUUGACAAUUAACAGAAGGAGAAGAAGUAAAAAGAAACAACACUGUUAACAAUCAACAAAUCUACUUGAAUACAGUUAAUCAAUGAUGAUUAAUAUACAAUAAUGGUUAACAAUUGAUUCGUUAAUCAACAACCACUUACAAUUUGUGAUAAUAACAAAAUCUAUUUGAUAAUGUGAAUCUUUAAUUACAAACAAUUGGAUUAAAAGUAAUACAACAAAAAAGAAGAGUAAAAUUAUAAUCAUUAAUUGUGCAAAUCUACAAGUCUUAGUAAUUAAAAAUUUAAUUCAACUCGAAAUUAUAAUCAGUUAAUUGGCUUUUUUCCCCUCUUGUUGUCUUAAAUUGUUAAAUCCAAAGAGAAAUUGAUUUCUACUUUUAAUUGUUUGUGUUGAGGAAAAAGUGAUCAACGUUAUUCCUUUUGAUUGUUAACCAAUCUAAUUCUAAUUGUUACAUGACCAAUGAAGAAAAUUUAUAAUCAAAUAUUCAAAAAACAGAAAGACGAUGUUAAAGGAAACUCAUCAACUUCAUCCUCAUCAGGAUCAAAGGAUGAGUCAAGUUUAAUUAAAUCACCUGGUUCAUCUUCAUCUUCAUCUUUGGGAACAACGAGAAGAUUACUCAAUCUAACCACACCCUUACCAGAAACAUCAGCUGAUCGGUCAAACAGUUUCCUCACUUCCGCCCAUAAAUCAAAAUCUCUUGACCUUCCAAGUCCCGAGAUAUUAAUUGAUACCAAAGGUAAAUUUCCGGUCACUCCAGGUCCAACCAUCGGACUUUUAAGAGGUACAGUUGGAGAGAUAAUCUCUGAAGAUGAUGAUAAAUUGCCAAGUUUAUCUUCAGAGGGGAAAAGUUUUCAAGUGAUUAGUGAAAGUGUAAAUCCACUUGGAUUAAUAGUGAAAUUACCUGAGAUAAUUAGUGAUUCAAUUUCAAAUUCAAUUGAAAAAUUAACAAUUAACUCAACACAACAAGUGAUCGGUGAUUUUGAAAAUAUUGAUGAGGAUAAAUCACCUUCCCAAACCUCAGCAGCAUCUUCAUCAAAUUCACCACUUCCUUUAACAAUUAAUCAACAAUCAAAGCAAACUGAUCAACCUACAACCCCAUUAACACCACCACUACCCCAAUCAACAGCAGCAACAACAACAACAAUUGAAUCAUCAGCAACAAUUGAUAAUAACAACAAUAGUAAUAAUAAUGAAACCAGUGAUUCAAUUGUUUCACCAACACAAUUAGUUGAUGAUGAAGUUAAUAGUGAACGGGAAAAGGCUUUAAUUAAACGCAAUUACGCUUUACGGGAGCUGGUUGAAACUGAACGUGAUUACGUUAAAGAUUUGGGCUUAAUUGUUGAAGGUUAUAUUGAAGCAAUUAAAAGAGAUGAGCCAACGGUUCCUGAUGAUUUAAAAAAUGGCAAGGAUAAAAUUAUCUUUGGCAAUAUUGAAGCAAUUUAUGAAUGGCACCGAGAUUUUUUCCUCAAUGAACUGGCCAAAUGCUUAGAAGAACCCGGUCGAUUAGGACUAUUAUUUAAACGGUACGAGCGUCGUUUGAACAUGUACGUUGUGUACUGUCAGAACAAAUCAAAGUCCGAAUACAUUGUCUCUGAAUAUCUGGACACUUAUUUUGAGGAAGUUCGUAUAAAAUUAGGCCAUAAAUUACAAUUACCCGACCUAUUGAUUAAACCUGUCCAAAGGAUCAUGAAAUAUCAAUUGUUAUUAAAUGAUAUUCUCAAGCACACUGAAAAAGCCGCACUGACCAAUGAACUGGACAACCUUAGACGCGCAGUUCAUAUAAUGCACGUUGUCCCAAAAACGGCAAAUGAUAUGAUGAACGUUAGCCGAUUACAAGGUUUCGAUGGUAAAAUAACUGCCCAAGGUAAAUUAUUGCUCCAGGGGAUUUUAAACAUAGCCGAUACCAGGGAACCAAUUACUGCCUCUCUGGUGUCCAGUAUUAAAUUGAGAGAGAGACAAGUUUUCCUCUUUGAACAAAUCAUCAUUUUCAGUGAGAUUCUUGGUGCCAAGACUCAGUUCAGUCAACCAAGUUACAUUUACAAGGCUCAUUUACAGGUAAACAAAAUGUCUCUCACUGAGAAAUCACCUGAUGACGAUGAAUUCAAGUUCAUCCUGAAAUCUAAGGACCCACAACAAGAGGGUCUCGCCUUUGUGGUACAAGCAGAUGAUCCCGAUGAAAGAUCAGAGUGGGUUCGCAAUAUCCAGGCCAUUCUUGAGACUCAAUUGGAUUUUCUGAGAGCCCUUCAAUCACCUAUCGCUUAUCAGAAGGAAUUAACCAAAGAAGUUUCAGCACCAGAAUUGGGCUCUCUUUGGAAUCCAUCUUUACGUAAAACCUUUUCUCAUCCAGCAUCAGCACAUCGAAACCGUAAGGGAAGCCAAUUAAGCUCAAAAGAAGCCAUGUCAAGUACCGUUAUAGUUGAUUCACCAAAUUCAGGUUCAAAUUGGUCUUCGGGUUUGCUUGGUAAUCUUAAUGUAUCCAACCCUUCAUCACCUUUGCCCACCACCUCAUCUCUGUUAUUAUCAUCAUCAUCAUCAUCAUCUCAUGCUCCAUGUCCAAUUGUGUCUUCCAAGUCGCUGAAAAAUCCUAAAGGUAUGACCUUUAGUAAACGAAUGACCCGUGAUAAGAAACUUUCCUCCCCGGUCUUAGGUUUAUCAUCCCGAUUAUCAUCUAAAUCAUCAUCUAGUCAAGAUGAUGGUAGUCCAAAUAAUACCGGAAGUAGUAGUUGUAGUAUUUGGAAACGAUCUUCAGUCCCAUUGAUUUCCUCGAUUCCGCCAACACUGGUAUCCACUCAUUCAGCGUCCAUAUCAACCGAUUCAACCCUUAACCCGACAAUGGAAACACCAUCGACACCAACGUCAACAACUAAUCCAACAUUUGACUCAGUAACAAGUGAGUCAACACCUUCGACAGGUGAUCAACCCUCAUCGAUGACAACUCGAAGUAACAGUAAACGCCAUUUCCUUGAAAGUUUUCGUAAUCAAUUACGAUCUCGAAGUAGCACUUCCUCCUCAAGUCAACGAAGUAAAAGUAAAUCUCAUAACAGUGAUCACAACUCAAAAGGACAGUCCACCAGUUCCGGUACACCAACACCAACCUCAACACCGACAAGCAACCUGACCAUUAGUCUAAGUCUUGACGCUCCUUCACCUCCCACAACCAUUGAAACCUCGCGAUCACCAACAUCGUCAAAAAAGUUUUCUAACUCACAUUUACAUUCAAAUUACAUUAAUCAAAGUGACUCCGAGAUCGGGAUUAACCGACGAUGGUCCGAAUCAGAAACGCUUCGGGCCAACCGAUUUACUCGAAAAUUAUCACCUUUAGGAUUGAAAGUAAACAAAAGUGGAACCGGAAAUGAUAGUAAUACCAGCACAACCACCGCGAGCACAACAAAUGCCAAUAUUGUCGAAGAGGAAACCAAAUGAACAAUUAACUGAUUCUAUCAACUGAUUAGUAUUAUUAUUGGGAAACUUUUUUCCUCUUUCUGUUUUUUUUAAUCACCAAAACUUUCAAUCUUUGAACAAAUUGUUUGUUAAAUUGAUUCUUAAUUGUGAUUUGUCUUAAUUCCUGACUUUCUUUUGCUUUCUUUUGCUUAAAGAUUGACAACAACAAAACUUUCUCGUCUUAAUUAUUAUCAAACUAAUCAAAUUAAUCAUCAUGGUGAUGUUUUCAUAUUUUAAAUUCAAUUUUGUGCUGUUCAAUAUCUUGUGCCUCGAUAUAUAUAAAUAUAUAUGAAAAAAAUUGUAUAAAUAAUUAAUUUAACUCAUCUAAUUGUCCUGCUUUUAAUAUAAACAAUUAACUUGUAAUUCAUUGAGUUUUUUUCAAUGAUUUUCUCAUUUCAAAUAUUAAUUGAACUUUCUCUUUCCUGGUUCAACUUUUAAUUAUACUUAUUAUUGAUUGAUUGUUAAGCCAAAUUGUCCUCCUGUGACCUUACUAAUUAACUUGUAAUCUAAUUAAUUAAUUAAUCUUCUGGAGAACAUUUUUUCCCCCAUUUUGACAUCUUCCCUAAUCAAACCUUGUAAAUAUCAAGCUAAUUAUCAAUCAAAUGUAAUAUUAUACUGAUUAUGUUUCAAUUCUGAGAUUUUGUGUCAAAAAAUGAACAAAAAAAAGUAUAAACUUAUUAAUUCUUGCAUAA